AUGAACAUGUUUCCGCUACUCUGCGUUUUUGUUACCUCAUCCAUCCUCACCCUCACUCGUUCCAUGGCUGUUCCACCCAUUCUUGACGUUUCUUCUCUCAACCGGAGCAGUUUCCCCAAAGGCUUUGUUUUCGGCACAGCCUCCGCUUCAUACCAGUAUGAAGGUGCUGCAAUGGAAGAUGGAAAAGGAACGAGUAUAUGGGAUACUUUCACUCACAAAUACCCAGAAAAAAUUAAAGACCGAAGUACGGGAGAUGUAGCGACAGACCAAUAUCAUCGGUAUAAGGAGGAUAUUGGAAUCAUGAAGAACAUGAAUUUGGAUGCUUACAGAUUCUCCAUUUCUUGGCCAAGGGUAUUACCGAAAGGAAAGCUUUCUGCAGGAGUAAACCAGGCAGGAAUAGACUACUAUAACAAUCUCAUCAACGAACUGCUGGAGAAUGGUAUGGAACCAUAUGUGACACUUUUUCAUUGGGACGUUCCCCAAGCCUUGGAGGAUGAGUAUGGUGGAUUUUUAAGCCCUAGCAUUGUAGAUGAUUUUAAGGACUUUGCUGAACUCUGCUUCAAGGAAUUUGGUGAUAGGGUGAAAUAUUGGAUUACUUUGAAUGAACCGAGCACCGUGACCUGGAAUGGCUAUACAGUUGGAUCGUAUGCACCAGGUCGUUGUUCUGAUUGGCAAAAUCUGAACUGCACAGGUGGUGAUUCAGGAACUGAGCCAUAUUUGGCUGCGCACUAUCUACUUCUUUCCCAUGCUGCUGCUGCCAACUUGUAUAAGACCAAGUAUCAGAAAGUUCAAAAGGGUUUGCUGGGCAUUACCUUGAACAGUGACUGGUUUUUGCCGGCAAAUGACAACAUAACAGAUCGAGAAGCUGCACGUAGAGCCCUUGACUUCAGGUUUGGAUGGUAUAUGGAUCCUCUCACAAAAGGUGAGUAUCCAACAAGCAUGCAACACUUGGUGGGAAACCGUCUACCAAGGUUCUCCAAAGAAGAAGCCAAACAACUCAAAGGGUCGUUUGAUUUUCUGGGUCUAAACCACUAUGCAACCGUUUAUGCUGGUCAUGCACCUCGUCUACGUGGUUCCAAACCAUCCCUUCUAAAUGAUCCUCUUGUUUAUACUACAAAUGAACGUGACGGCCAGAUUCUUUGUCCAUAUGCUGCAUCUCGCUGGUUAUGCGUUUAUCCACGAGGAAUACGACAACUGUUGCUUUACAUCAAGAAGAAUUACAACAAUCCCUUAAUUUACAUUACUGAAAAUGGUUAUGAUGAGUUCAACGAUCCAACCCUAUCACUUGAAGAAAAGCUUUUAGAUACCAUCAGAGUUGAUUACUUAUAUCGUUAUCUUUAUUAUGUUAAAAUGGCAAUCAGGGAUGGUGUGAAUGUGAAAGGAUAUUUUGUAUGGUCAUUUCUGGAUAACAUGGAGUGGAGCUCUGGCUAUACUGUGCGAUUUGGAUUCAUCUUUGUGGAUUUUGAAAACGGUUUGAAAAGAUACCCAAAACUCUCGGCACAAUGGUUCAAGAACUUUCUCAGCAAGUCCUAA